CACCACCAGCAAAGACACAACAAUGGAGGCAGAUGGAGCAGGCGUCCUGAUAGCUGUCCCUGCUGUUACACAGUGAUGCUUAAUGUAGCUGUAGGCAGUGCGGUAAUACAGAAAGCUUGGAGGAUAAGGACCCGAAGUUCCCUCGGCCUCGUUCCUCCAAAUGCCAACACCGGACACCGAGGGAGAACUCGGAUAGGAGGCCCGGACAGCGGGGCGGCAGGUCGGGACACUCAGCGGAAACAUGGCGGCGGCGACAACAAGAACAACGACCUGCUCGGUCCCGUGGCGUCAAUAAAUCAAAGGAACCGCACGACGUGACGGACGAGCAUCAUUUAGUUCAGAGAAGAUGAGACGAGACCUGAAGGCUGCAGUGUGUUUCUAAGCAACAACAAUACAGCAUUCGCUCAAACGCACCAUGGGCUACAAGAUUCCCGGAGCAGCGAUAGACAGGGUCAGCCUGCUGUGGCGUCUGAGGCGUCGCGCUCGCCGUGGAGCCAUCUGCAUGACCUUCUUCUGCAUCUCCAUGGCUCUUCUUUAUGCCCUGUGUGCUGAAAACAGUGUGCCUGUUACAGACGCCAUCUUUGGUGUGAGGGCACGUACCAGGGCUCAGCCUCGUACUCACUCAGUCAUCAAGGUGCUGCGAGGGGGAGCAAAAUCAAUCUACGCAGACCCUCAGAAGCACCCGGGUAUAAUUGCAGGUGACCCUCACCGCCCAAUUCCCGUCUUGUCUUCACCCAACCGCACCAACGAGGACUGGGAGUCUCCACCAAAACGAGCAACAAAAGCAAAAGAGUCCUCAGGCUUUUUUUCUCACCUGCUGCCAGGCCCUUUCACACGGGCACUGGAGACUCUAUUUGUAGGCCGUCGUAAAGGAGAGCUAAGCGGCAAAUCGGGCGACUCUGAGUUCUUCGGGUCUAAAGGGAUUUUAGGAGAUGUGUGGAAUGACGAGAUGUCCAGCAGCAUGCUGGGAAACAGGCUGAAGAAGGUGGUGCAGAACUAUCAGGCGAUGAAUAAAUACGGCGUAAAGGUGUCUGGACCUGGUGGCACCUCCAACCGGCCGAAACUGAGCGGCAGGGAGCUGCUCUGCCAGCUCAAGGAGAGGGUAGAGGUCACCACUUUGACUUCUGAUCAUCAGCCUUUCUCUGCGUUGACCCGGGCUCCCCUGCUGCUACCACCACAACAGCUGACCUCUGACCUCGGGCCAUACAAAAGCUGUGCAGUGGUGUCGUCUGCAGGGUCACUCCGCAAUUCUGGACUAGGCAAGGAAAUUGACACUCAUGACGCGGUGCUACGGUUCAACGCCGCUCCAACCAGUGGCUUUGAGAAAGAUGUUGGCUCCAAAACAACCGUUCGUCUCAUUAACUCACAGGUGAUGGCAUCUGAUGACCAUCGCUUCCUGUCCAGUUCUCUGUACAGCUCAGGUGUUCUGGUGGCCUGGGACCCCGCCCCCUUUUCCUCCAACCUCAGUCAGUGGUACAACCACACAGACUAUCCCAUCUUCAAUCAGUAUCAGAGAUAUAGGAGGCUUCAUCCGCAGCAGCCCUUCUACAUCCUGCAUCCUCGCUGCGAGUGGCAGCUGUGGCAGCGGAUUCAGGACAACAUGGCUGAACCCAUACAGAAGAACCCGCCCUCCUCUGGCCUGCUCGGCACCAUCCUGAUGAUGUCACUGUGUGAGGUGGUGCAUGUCUAUGAGUUUCUGCCGUCUCGCCGAAAGACGCCACUCUGCCACUACUAUCAGCGUUUCUAUGACGCCGCCUGCACAUUCGGGGCUUACCACCCGCUGCUGUACGAGAAGAACCUGGUCAAGCGCAUGAACCAGGGCUCUGAUCAGGACAUCUACAACCAUGGGCGCGUCACGCUGCCUGGGUUCAGUGCCAUGAACUGCACAGUGGAAGUGGUGCAGGAGCACUGACUGAAACGUGCAUGACGAGUGAGGAUGGACGCAUGUCAACCUCAUAUCUGAUGCUUUUCUUUAAAGAGUGCCCUAUGUUGAUGUUAAAUGACGAUCCCGCAGAAAACACUGGCGUGAAAUGACAAAAACUGGCACUAGCACUUAUAUGUAGGUAAGCUGCUCCAAACUAAGAAUUAUAUACAAUCAAAACCUAAACCUCUGCACGUUCCUUACUGCUGAUUUACAAAAAAUUGUAAUUCUUUAUAGUACUAAGAAACAUCAGCUAAACAUACAGAGAUAUCAAACGAUUUUAAAAGGUAAUUGCAAAUUCUUUCACUCUAAAAACAGGAAUUUUGUCUGUAAAAUCAUUGGACUCUGUGUCUUAAAAACUAAAAUGAUAUACCUUGUAAUAAGUCCAUUUUUAUGGAGAACAUAAAACCUAACUCCAAAGAAGCAAAGGGACAUGUAUAACAAAAAUCAAACUUGAUCCUCUAAGCUCAACCUGGUUAAGUUUCUAUUUUUUAAUAGGUUUUUGACUAACCUGGGUUAAAACAUUCUCAGAAAUUAACAGGAUAGUCUUCAUUCGACUCUGUCGCUUUCAGCUAGAAGUUCAUUUCCUGUACCUACCUGACCCUCUUUUCUCUGAAGUUGCUUAUUUUCUAUCAAACAUAAACCUUAAUGGAAAAUAGAUCAAUUUAGGAUAAAACUGAAAUAUGACUUGUCUCCUAAACAAAAUGCUACACGUAAAUAUAAACUUCCAGGUUCUGUUUGUACCUAUAAAAUUAUAAUAGUUGUAUCUGACCUUUCAGAUUGCUUCUGUUUCAGUUGCUGUUGUUUAAAAUGAAAGGACUAAUUUUUGUUUUCCGGUUAAUUUGAGAAUUUCUGAAGUUAAAAAAGGCUAAGUUCUCCACUGCCAGCAUCUGACUGGGUGCCAUCACUCGGCUCAUUUUACACAUUUACAUGUAACUGUCUUGAGGUUUAUUUUUGUUUCAUUGCUCAUUUAUCUCUUGGGCAUUAUUGUUUGGGGAGUUUAGCUGCCCUUCUUGCCAAGGCUCAGGAAGCCCCACUGUUGAGGUGACAGAUGUAGAAUGUGGCCUGUUAAAUGACUGCAAAUAAAAGUUCAUUAUCUCUGAAGUUCUGACACUGAAAAAUCCUAUUGCCCUCAGAAUAGAGGUUAGUUUUGCUUUGAUUUAUUUUUUUUUCCAUGCAUGUUUGAGAAAUCCUUGAAUCUGCCUUGACAACUAUUCAGCUGUGCAAAAUGCUUGGGUGGGCUGAGGAAGAGGUUCCAGUUUCCCAGCUCCCGCCUCAGAGCAGCCCUCCCCUGUGACUCCUUCAGACUAGCCAGCAGCAACUUUAAAGCACCUGGUGGAACUGCACCAUUAUACAAGCUACUUCUUAGUGCAAUGCCUGUAAAAAUGCUGUUAAAGGCUUGAUAGAGGAGCAGGGUUCCUUCUUCCUGAAAGCAGCGUGUCAGAGCAGCAGUUUGUAGAGACUGAGGCCCAAUUUCAAGGAAUUAAAUUACAAACUGAAAUUUAUUUUAAAUCAUAUUUGAUAUAUACAGCAUUGUUAUAACGACUGAACUAAAGUCAACAAUUACUCAAAUGUGCUACAAAAUGAUCAUGUCUGGCUAUGAAACACAAUACUGCCCCUUUAAGAGCACGUAGAAAAAUUGCCACAUUCCGUUUUGCCUAACCCCUAACUAUCAACAUAAAUCCGAAUAACCAAUGUAAAGCUGAAUGACUGAUGUAAAUUACAUAUUUUUAGGUGAUGUGAUGAAUCAUUGUUCAAUUGGAAAAGGUAAAAAUCACUAAGUAUUAAAAAUACUUGAUUUCAAAAAAAUUGGUAAACAAUUGAAACUAAUUUAACAAAAGCUAAGUUUGAGUCUAGCUGGAUUUUUAAUGGCUUUAGUCUUAAAGCUGUUUUAACACCUAAGUGAUGUUGGCAUACAGUCUCCAAAAAACCCAUUUAGAAAAAAACCUGUGGAUCUCAGAAAGAUGCUUCUGUUCUUGGAAUCCCAGACUGUCAAUGGUACCUUCUGCUUUAGGACCCCCUCCACUGUCUUAUGAGUUCAUAUAAUGCACUUACUAUCUUACUUAUAUUGGACAGUGAGACAAUUAUGUUUUGCAGUAAAAUGAAUGGCAAAAAACUAACUUUCAACUUUCAACUAGCACAAUCGACUUGGUGCACAACUCAGAUGUGUGUGUGCUCCUGCCCAGAACUCAGAUGUGUGUGUGCUCCUGCCCAGAUAAGACCACUAAUCCAGGGGGAAGUGCAGAGCAUGCAGAUCUCUACUUUCUGCAGUAAAUGCACAGUGUUCACACUGCUCUAUCCAACACAACCAUCUAAUGACUGGUAAAAGACCAAACUUAAGUUAUACUAAAAUAGCAUCUUUAUCUGCGUCAUGGUAGCAUCCAGAACAUACAGCAGCUACACCCCAAAAUAUCUUACUACACAAAUCUCUUGUGGCAUCAAUCUCUUUGUUUCUUGGGAUACAUUUGUUGUCUAAACAUGGAGUAUGAGGUUGAGAGACUGGUCAGGAAGGAAGAGUCCUGCACAAUGCAUGUUUAUAUACAUUUCAAAUGUACCAGUUCUACAGCCCUGGUAUUCUAGCAGCUUAUAUAGCUGCUAGAAUACCAGGGAGGAAAGUAGCUGGUUCUUGGCUAUUCAAAGAAAAAGGGAGUUUAAGUUUCAAAAGGGUUGUUUUACAGAAAAUGCACGAAUUUCAUUUAUGCAUACAAAGUGUAUUACAAUGAUGGUAUAAAAAAAUUAAGUUAAAAGCCAAACAAUGGCUCUAAAUAACACAAGAUUUUAUUUAAUGCUGAAUAGACUUUUGGAUGUCUGCAGAUGUUCAGGCUUCCUGCUUGCUUUCUUUAAGCUUACUACAGCCAUAGUAAGUUUAGCUUUUCAUAAAAAUUGGAUUAGUAUUUUAUACAUUCUUUAAGAUCAUUUUAGCCAGUAAGCCAGCACUGAUUGGCACAGCGAAUUGUGAGUUUAAGGUCACAGUUUCAUCAUUUGUAAGCUUAUUAGACUGCCUAGAGAUGAAGCUGUGAUGGUGUGUAAAUGUGAAAGUUCCCACUCCUUUAGUGAAAAGAACAGUGGAGUGUUGCAUUUACAGCACGGGAACAAGAUCUAAAAAUGUCUGACCCUUAACUGUAGAGCAGUUUAAACUGUCCAGGUUUCUGUCUCAGAUGUAUUCCUAAGCAUUUAGCAAAUAUGUUGUUCACACUUUUUUGUGCAUGUGUGUGCAUUCACAGAAUGCCUCUGCUUUUGUUUGUAGAAAUCACAAUAACUAUUGCAGCUUUUCGCUGGAAACUAAAACUUCUGUUAACCUAUGCAUGGCUAUUUUUUACAGUGAAGAGCCACCCAGUUGUACUUUCACCUACUGUGUAUGCAUGUGGAAUGUGUAAAACUUUUCUCGGAAGUUGCUUUGUUACAAGAGAAAGAACAAACCAUUUAUGUAACAGCAUGGCAGCUAAUGCAGCUCAUUGUUUUCUUGUUGCCAUGGAAACUGACAGUAAAAACCUGCGUGGAGCUCCUUGAACUUUAAACAGCAUGUCUACUUAACCAGAGUGCAAAGUGAGGCUCAAACUCAAGGCAAGCACACAAUUCUUCUGAGAAAGUAGCCAUUUUUUGUGUAACUGCCAUUUUAUCCUAAAAAUACAUCUUUACAUAUCUCUGGUACAGAUGAGUUUUACACUGAAAUACAAAAUGACUGAGUUUUUCACUGGAGUCCUUGAAACCCGCCCCCCAAAACUUUCACCAGAAUCUGACUGGUACAUCUCAUAGUGCUUCAAAAAGCACUAUGAGAUGCUUUUUCAACCACUGAAUCAACCACUGAUGAUUCUUUUGUUACUUAGUAGAAACAAGAUGGUGGGUCAACCACCAUAUUAUGAAUAGAAACCAAUAAAAGUAUGGCUGGAAAUGGUUUUCCUUUAAUAAAGAGUCCAUCAUUAUUGGACUAAGGAGAUUAAAAGUAACAGUGGUAAAGAUCUGUUGAGUCUGGCUGAUAUUUAAUUUCUUUCCUGUAUUAUAUUAAACAGAUUAACUGUGCUGCUAAUUUAAAGUAUCAUAUCAGACCAUGCAGCUGGCCAUAACUUCCUUAUUUAUAACUUUUCAUGCUGUUGUACAAACAUGAACGUAGGACCCCCAUCACUGAUGUGCCAUCUUUUAUAUUCAGACCCUGUAGCACAGUGGUUCCUAACAGGUCAGGUUACGAGUCUGCAUUUCAUUUAAUGCUACAUGUGUUAAAAUGAAAAAAUAAGUUAAAUUAGAAAUAAUAUUUAUUGAUCACAUUUGCUUUGUGGUCCCUUUGUUUAUUUCACCUACUUCGUGUUGAUUCAAUCAACAGUCUGGGCCUCUCCCAUAAAAUUCGGGUGUCAUCAGUAUAAGCAUGUAUAAGUUUAAUAAAUGACACUAUGUAUGGCCUAUAAAUGGUUUUCCAAAUGCAAAAGAACAGCAUGCAAAUAGAGUGCAUACCGUUAACCUCAGAAGUUUAUAAUUGGACCUGGGAAUUAUAACUGUCACCUUCAGUUACAAAUGAAAGACCUGGGAGAUUUUGCUAACUAUUAUACAAUAUAUUUUCUUGUAUUUUUUCCAUUUAACCAAUGUAGAAACACAUUUACCUGCAGAUCAUCAAAAGUGCAAAUACUGCUAUGUUGAAUAUAAGCAGUCAACUUCGCUGGUGAUUAACCACCAACUGUCCAAGUUAGUAGUAUGACUUUAGAGAGUACUCCAGUUGAUCUUUUUCUGUAUUUAUAACUUAUAACUUGAGUCCAACUGGAAUGCACUAUUGAUCGUAGCAAACCCUAACCCUCCCCAGUGAACUCUGCCCAGCCAUGUAGCUGCUACUGCAGUUUGAUUCACAUGCUGCAUUGUUGUUGGUUUACAAAACUGCUGAUUUCUGCAACAAAAUGUUACGUUUAAAAAAGCUAUGUAGUUUUUUUUUUUUCAUGGACAUCAUAGCAUGUAUGUAAGCUAAGAGAAUGCUGGCUUAUUUUUUUGUUUUAUUUUUUGUUUUUACCCAAUACAUCGAUUAUUUUCGUUGUUUAAAUUGAAAAACAUUUCCUAUGCAGUUGCACUAAUGUCUUUAAUUAGCAUGUGUCAGAAGAUUUUGUUGUUUUAACUAACCGAUGUACAUUCAAUUCUGCUCUGACUUCAUACUUUGAGUUUCUCAGAGACUUGGUUGGACAUAUUUAAGUAUUUUUUAUGUGUGCUUUUCCUCCAUUGUGUCCCCUUGCUACUUAGGUGCAAGGUCAAAUGUAAAAUACGAUUGAUUUGUGUUUAGCAUCGAAGAACACUGUCACAAACAUUUUUAACCUCAUUUUGCUGUUUUUGAUGAAAGAUCUGCAAAAAGUCAUUUUCUGCACCUGAAUCUGUUUUUUUUUCUGAAGUGUAAAUAUAGACUGCUUGAAAACAAA